AAAAGCUCUGGGCCCCUUGGCCCCACGUAUUCUGUUCACAUUCAGCACCUGCCUUUGCUUGAGAACUGCUCCUUCCCUGCAGCCCCACCAUGAUUUACUCCUCGGGGAGAGAAUCCUACUUCAACCUGAACUCCACCUGGUACGACCCGGCGGGCUCCUGGCUGGACACGCGGCGCACGCCCUUCCGCUACGGCUACGCCACCUGCUGCUCCUCGGGCUGCCAGGGCGAGGGCGCCGAGGGCAUGAGGGGCCACGACUACCGCUGCUACGGCUACCGGCAGCCCCGCUGCUCCGAGCGCUGCCAGGGCUACGGCGGCUCCUCGGGCUCGUGCCACGGCUGCGUCCGGAGGCCGACGUACAGCUACGGGGGGUCAGGGGGGUGCCAGGGCUACGGCAGGUCCGUGUGCGCCGAGAGGUGCCAGGGCUCCUCGGGCUCGUGCCACGGAGGGGGGUCCAGCUGUGUCAGGAGGCCCACGGUGUCCUACGGGGGGUCAGGGGGGUGCCAGGGCUACGGCAGGUCCGUGUGCGCCGAGAGGUGCCACGGGUCGGUGGCCCAGGGUGGGAAGCCGUGCUGUGGGAAGCCCGUGCAGAGCAUCCCAGUGCAGAGCUGUCCCCAACCAGUGCAGAGCAUCCCAGUGCAGAGCUGUCCCCAACCAGUUCAGUGCUGUCCCCAACCAGUGCAGAGCAUCCCAGUGCAGAGCUGUCCCCCACCAGCGCAGGUUUGCCCCUGUCCCUGUCCCCCUCCAGUCCAGCAGAGCUGUGUGCCCGUGGCCAAGGGCAUCCCCCGCCAGCAGCAGAAGCAGAUCUGCAAAGUUCCAGCCCGGAAGAUCAAAUAAAGGCUGUGAGGAGCGAGGGGAAACACAAGGAAUUUGUCGCUUUCUCACCCCUGCCCUGCGUUGUCACCCGCCCCUGCUCUGUCCCUCUGCUGUAACGCUCUCUGAAGCUGUGACCCACUGGCGCUGUGGAAUUUAAAACUCUCUUCACCUGGUUCCACAGCAGACGUGGAGGCAAUAAAAAAUGCUGGCUCAAAA